CCUGGAAGAUUCUGCAACAACUUGAACACUUUGUAAAAAAGUGACAAAAACGAGAACAGACAGUGACUUACUCAAAGAUUUCCACUUCACAGACAAACAAACUGAAGGUAUAUAAAGUCUGUGUUUCCAUCUCUGAGACAUCCUGUGACCAGAAACUGCUGCUGGAACAGACUCUUCAACUAACCAUCAAAACAAGAUGGCUGCCGGUCUUGUCUUCACUCUGCUUCUUGGUCUGAGCUUUGGACUCUGGGAUGGAGCUGAUGCCGGAUGUCGACUGAGAGCUCCAACAGCACUUGACUGCCCUGCAGGCUGGAGUUGGUUCGACCGUCGCUGUUUCUUGGUUGUGAAUUUUCAAUUACCCUGGGUUUUAGCUGAGCAACAUUGCCUCCAAUUGGAUUCACAUCUGGCCUCAUACCACAGUACAGGGGAGUACAACUUCAUGAGACAGGUUAUUCACCAAAAAACUGAAAGUCACACAACAACUUGGGUUGGCGGUUAUGAUACAACACAGGAAGGCAAGUGGUUUUGGAGUGACGGUUCCAAGUUUUGGUUUUCUAACUGGAACCCCAAUCAGCCAAAGAAUGAUGGUGGAGUCGAACACUGCAUGAUCAUCAACUUACGUGGAGUAGAGUUUGUGGGUGAUGCUGACUGUGAUAACAAGCUUCCCUUCAUCUGUGCCAGACCCCUGUAACCUUCUCAUGCCUUUUAAUCUGAAAUGCCCAUAUGGCUUUCCUGCUGGUGAUGUCACUUCCACCUGGAUGUCAAACCUCAACGACAUCACUGCUGGAAGAAUCUGAUUUCACUUUAUUUGAUCAUUUAAAUAAAUGUUUUCUUUCUCUGAAAGCUGAUUGAUUUAAAAUGUGUCAAAAUUCCAAUUAAGCAGCAAUUUAUAAACUAAUUGGUAAUAGUUCUAAAUCUCAGCUAUAACUUUAUGCUGAAAAUCAUCAGAAUAUCAGUGCAUCAGUAUAGUAAUAACAAUCUAUGAAAUAUGAACAGUUUUCAUAAACUCUGUACCACCUGUUUUGAACAAA